UCUAUCCAUCAACAAGCCUUUUUUCCUCCCCUGAUCGCAACGUUAUGCGGCCACACCGGAGCGUCUCCUCUGCAUCCAACAUUCCGAUGAUCUCGAUGCUCUUCGAGGUGGGGCUAAAUCCAGCGCCUUUCCAAUCACGUCGCGUGGGCGGAGCCUGACUCUCGUGCUCUCUUCGUUAUGUCGCCGCCUGCCCAGCCUGUGCUGAACAUGACAAAAAGCGAGAGGAUGGAGCGGGUGAAGUAAAUCCCUGCUGUUUUAUUCCUCACAGCCACUUUUCCUUUCUUGUUUUUAGAAGACGGAGCGGGGUUUGGAUACAGGAAAAGCAUUAGUAGUUGAGAGCAGCUGUCUGUCUGGUUUAGACUCGCAGCCCACAGCAGUUCAGAUCAGAUUUCACAUUCAGCUUCGACCAGCUCAGCUGAGGGAAGCAACCAGAGAGGCUCGUUGCUCCGCGCUCUCCCUCUCUAACGCCACCUUUUUUCUUUUUUUUUUCCUCCCCUGUUGGCGGAGUGUCUCUAAAACGCUCAUAGGAAGAAAUACCAGGAUUUAUUUACCCUCUCCUCCGUCCUCCCUUCUUCUCCUCCUCUUCUUCUUCUUCUUCUUUUUUUAUUUUUUUUUUUACUGUAUUUAUUUUUACAGGAAAUUAUCAGCGUUGGCGACAAAUAGAAUUAGAUAAAAGAAAUAAAGGGUGGCCGAAGACAUGGACGAGCAGCCGAGGUUGAUGCACUCUCACACGGGGGUAGGCAUGGCGGGGCACCCCGGCCUGCCGCAGCACUUGGAAGGCACCGGAGGAGCCGACGGCGACGGGAGGAAGCAGGACAUUGGAGACAUUUUACAGCAAAUUAUGACCAUCACGGACCAAAGUCUGGACGAAGCCCAGGCCAGGAAACACGCUCUCAACUGUCACAGAAUGAAGCCGGCCCUUUUCAACGUUCUGUGCGAAAUCAAAGAAAAAACAGAGCCGCUCUCGCUGUCACCGCGGGAAAGGAAACGGGUCUGCAUCCAAUUAGAAGCCGGGACCCCGUUUGCUCGCAGCGCUCGGCUGUGAUUGAUGCAGUGCGGGGUCUGCAAUCGCAGCUCUAACGAAGUCCAAAUGGCCCCGGAUUGAAACGUUACUUAUUGACUCAGUCUGACGAACAAUAACAUCAACAACAGACGCCUCGGCGUCCUCUGUGCUGGAGAUGAGAUGAAUCAACUCUAACACAAGGCAGGGUCUCAUGCAGGCUCUUCUUCACAUGUAAUAUAGGAAGAUUUAGAUGCUUCCUACGCCCCGAUUGGCUCAUUGCUUAUGUUUUUUGUGUGCAAGUACCCCAACACCCCGUACAGCCGGGCUGAUUGCAACGGCACUUUAUAUAAACUCCAUCUAUUGUCUCUGUGAAUUCCAACUGCCUUUAACUCUGAUUAAAUAUUGAUAUCUCUGUAAAGCCUUGUCCUGUACCGGCUACUUUAUUCAGAGUCACAGGCUCUGUCAGCAGAGAAAAAGAAGAGGGAAGAGUUGUGACAUUGAGCUGAUUUCAAGCUGAGGUGUGAGAGAAUCUGAAAAAUACAUCUGUGAGAAAGAUUGCAUGUCCGACAUCUGUCGCUCUCAGAUAAUGUGGUCCUUCAGGAGCUUCAGUGUCAGUGGUUGGGGAAUCAACACUCAAUAGUUGAUAUUGAAUAUCUCAUGACGACUCUGGUGUUUGAAAGCAAGUCAUGUCUAGGCACCAUAACAAAUUUUGCUAAACGAUAAAUUGUCUUGUGAUAAGCAAUAAUAAAAACUACCUGCUUUUUUCCAUCA